GUUUUGAAGUAGAUAGAAAAAUAUUGCGUUAAAGGUAGUAAAAAUGUAAUUUGUUAUCUACUGUUAGUGAUUGUAAAACGACCAAUGAAAACUUUAUUGAAUCUUAUAAAUAUUUAUAUUUACCAACUUCUUUAGAGGAACAAUAGGUGUUUCAUGUCAAAAUUGAUUUAGAAUACUUAUUUUCAAAGACCUUGGAAACAUAAAUUUCUUAACAACGAUGACAUUUUAAUGUCCAUAAUUAUUCAACGCUAUUCUAAGAAGUAAUACUUAUUUCAAAUUAUCCUAACUUGUAGCGUAAUAAUGAAGUGAAAUAUUUUAUCCUUUUACUUGAGAUCUCAUUAUAUAAAAAGUGUCGGAUGAAGUGAUUCUUUAUUUGAAAUAAGAUUAUGAAAAUACAUACCUUCGAAGCUAACUUGUGGAUGACUGUUGAAUUUGUGGAAAAAUGAAGUGUUGACAGUGGAAACUUCGACUUGAAAGUGUUUCAUUAUUUUUUUUUAUAGAUAAAACAUAAUUUGCGAAAAGACUGACUUUGGCGGCAACUUCAAAAGACCUUAAAAAAGUGGUAUUCCCCUAUUUGGAACGAGAUGUCAGCCAAUUAGAAGGUUAUUGAAAAGAAUCGUCGGAACAUGUGCGGUUUUAAUUGUUUCCAAUCUUAAUAAUAUGAAUUCAUUGAUAUACGCGAACUGCUCAAUUGAGAUCGGUAUCAAAACGACACUUAAAUAUUAUGACGUCUCCAGACCAAUUUGAUGCUGUGCUCAGGGACCACAUUACACAUUUUUGUUAUUGCGAGAAAAUAAAUAACCGAAUAAGGCUGUGAUUUUUGUAUGUGAACAAAAAAAAAAAUUCGUGGUCGAUAUGGCUGGAUCUAGAGAAAAAUCCGAUGUAGAUGAGAGAAUAGAGGAAUUUGUCCACGUACUGCACGUGAUGAACCAUCAGGGUGUGGAGCAGAAACAUAGAUCGAAAUGGAGGCAGAAGUUCUGGCAAAUUUUUCCCUCCGUUUGUGCUUCUCUCCUGGCAAUACCCUUUGGCAUUAUGUUGGGUUGGCCUUCAGCGGCUUACCCUUACUUACUCGAAGAAACGUCUGUGAUACCUAUUUCCUUAAGCCAAAGUGCCAUGAUUGCUGGUUUUUUCAUGCUAGGAAUCACUACCGCUACGCCCUUUUCUACAAAAUAUCACAUGGGUCCAAAAUAUGGAAUAUGGAUAAGUAUGGCGCUGUUCACAUUGGGUUGGACCUUGAUGUGGUACUCUUCAAAUAUUUUCUGGCUGCUAGGUAGCCGAUAUACUGCAGGACUUGGCGGGGGAUAUGGUUUUGGCCAAGUGAGGGCUUACAUUAGAGACAUGUGCGAGCCAAAUCUUAGCGCAAUUCUACUCAAGCAACUCAACUUUUACGGCUUCUUCGGUACCAUAGCAGCCUUCACCAUGAACUUAUUCCUGGACUACAGGGGAUUUUCCCUGAUAGCCCUGAUAAUAUCAGCGGUAAUCCUUUUUGUAACUUUCUUCCUUCCCAGCACUCCCAAAGAUUUCAUCAAAGCCAACAGAAUAGACGAUGCUUUGAUACUACUCAAUUAUCUAAGAGGGAAGGCGGACCACACUGAAGAAAUAAAAGAUAUUCACCGAAAACUUUCAACCAAAGACGAGCCCUUCCUAAUUCCAAUAUUAAAAGACAAAAAACUGCGUAUCAAGCUCAUCAAAUUCGUUCUGUUGGUAUUCCUUCAGCAGUUCUCAGGUGCACCAACUUCCUUCGUAUACUGUCAAUUGAUAUUUGACAAGUCUGGAUGUCCCUUUCCAGAAUACUGCGCAGUACUUUACGCAAUAAUAUUUUUUACUUCGAAUGUAUACGGUGUUUUCUAUUCACCCAAUUUUAAUAAAAAACGCGUUUUGAUAUAUUCCAGCUUGAGCAGUACUGCCAUGCUCGUGUGUCAGGUGUUAGUGUUGUACUUUGAGGUGAACCAAAAAUGGCAGUACACUUCGUUGUUUGUAAUGUCGCUCUUCGUCACUUUUUACAGUUUAGGGGUAGGAUGCAUAUCCAGUACUUAUAUAUCAGAAUGGUUUCCUCAAAAGUAUCACCGAGGUCUUUCAAAUUUGUUCACGAUGGAAUUCUUUAUGUGUGCCCUUGUUGCCACAAAAACCUUCCAAGUGUUUAUGUCUUCAUAUCCACUUUAUGUUGGCUUUUUCAUGUUUAUCACGGCUGACACACUUCUAUUACUAUUCGCUAUGAUAUUCCUGAAGAGUAAUAGUGGUAAUAGGAGGAAUAAUUUAAGAGCGAACGGUUCCAAUUUUUUAAAUAUUCAAAGAGAAAAGGUUUAGUGACUUAUCAUAGGCAAAUAGCUUAACCCAGCUUGCCAUCAGGUUUUCAUCUGUGACCCUUAUAUGGGACACCUAUAUAUAAUAUUACACGAACGCAUACUGUGAUUUGAUCUUUUGAAUCAAGGAAAUAAUGUUAAGUAGCGAUUUAAUUUUUUUUUAAAUUUUGAAGCUGCUGGCCAGUGUUUUAUUUUUAAGUUGAAAAAUCGAUAUUUUAUAUCGGUCUAUCCAAUGUAUUACAUUGGAUACAAUAAGUAUAGAACUUUUAAAUCUUGAAAUUGUACAUUUAUUAUUGUAAAAUCUGAAAUUUAAGUAGGUUAUUUUCGAAAAUCUGUACAUGAACCACUAUGUGGUCUUAAAAGAAUCUUUACAAUUCUUAUUUUUCGAUUGUUGAUCUACCAGUGAAAAUUUUGAAUCUCUGAAGACUAUUGUGAAGUCUUUUUAUAGAAAUAUUUACUUAUUAUUUAUAUGUGAAUUGUAUAUAAUUUUUUUUUAGUUGAUCGUUCUGCACAUAAUUUGGGAAUGAAUACAUUUUUUUAUAUAAAAGUUUUUCA